UAUAAAUGUGAUGAACAUAAUAAUAAAAUUUAUUAUAUUCAUUUUUAUUAUAACCUUAUAAAAAAUAUUAAAAAAUUAUGACAUCUAAUAAAAUUUGGAUUUGGAAGAAGGUUCCUGGUAUUAUCGAUCGUUAUAAUGAUAUAAUUUAUUCACAUCCGUUAUUAUCACCAAGUCAAGAUGUUCUUUUAUAUUUUGGAGGUGACAUUCAGGAUAUUCAAGAAAAUAUGGAACAUACAGCUAGCAAAAAAUAUAUAGAAUGGAAUUUACAAAAUACUGCUAAAAUACUUAAUAUAAACUUUCCUAAAAAACAUGUGCUAUUAAUUCGACCAUCUAGAAUAUAUGGAACAAUAAGCUCUUUUAAUAAUUUUGUAUUAUCAAAUGAAUAUGGUGUGCCAUCAUUUCUUCCAAUAUAUAAUGCUUUAGAACAUUUACAAGAAUUAAUUAAAUCUUCUUUAAAUCAUAUUAAAAUGUGUGAUGCAAACAAGGAAUUUACUCAUUUUAAUAUUGAAAAAUUAAAUAUAACAUUAAUGGGCUUUAGUAAAGGCUGUGUUGUUUUAAAUCAAUUAUUACAUGAAUUUCACUAUUACCAAAAUAAAUCAGAACCUGAUAUGAAUAUUAAUAAUUUCAUAAAUCUUAUUAAAAGUAUGUGGUGGUUAGAUGGUGGACAUGCAGGUUCUAAGGAUACAUGGAUUGUAGAUAAGUCUAUAUUAGAAUCUCUUACAAAAUUAAGAAUAGACAUUCAUGUUCAUGUUACACCAUAUCAAAUUAAUGAUUCUCAUCGUCCAUGGAUUGCUAGAGAAGAAAGUCUUUUUUGUAAUAUUUUACAAAGUAUGAAAAUUCCUGUAAAACGGAUUUUACAUUUUGCAGAUAAAAAAAGAAGUUUACAAUAUCAUUUUAAUAUUCUUAAAGCUAUUGGAAGUUAUGCACAAUAAUUUGAUAUGUAUCUUAUUUAUAAUUUUUGAUAAAAAUAUCUUAUUUAAUAAUUAAUU